AAGUACAGUACACAAUAAAUUCCAGAUUGCCGUAGCUGUUUACAAGUGCCAAUUGUUUAUUUUUUGUUUCUAAAAUUCUCGACUGAACCAUAAAAUAACAAUAAUGACUUCAGCGUUAUACCUGGAGCACUAUUUGGACAGUUUGGAGAACCUUCCUGUUGAAUUACAGCGAAACUUCACUCUGAUGCGAGACCUCGACUCGAGAGCUCAAGAACUGAUGCGCAACAUUGACAAACUGGCCGAUGAUUAUAUGUCAAAUGUCAAGGGAUAUACUGUAGAAAAAAAGAAUGAAACUAUGACCAGCAUACAACGUCAGUUUGACAAAGCGAAAGAAUAUGGUGAUGAUAAAGUUCAGUUGGCAAUACAAACUUAUGAAUUGGAUAAAAGAAACAAAGAAGUAAAAGUGGGUCACUGUCCUAUUGAAUGGUUCCACUUUGCAUGUGUCAAAUUAACCACCAAGCCCAAAGGAAAAUGGUUCUGCCCAAAAUGUAUUACAGACAGGAAGAAAAAAUAACAUAUUUUUAAAAUGAAAUAAGUUUUUUUAUUUUAUAAAUACAUAGUACAUAUAAUAUGUAUUUAUGUAUGUAUGAAUAGUGGAUAAAUACAGUGCAUACGUUUCUUACGGUGAUAAGAACAAACAAUUUUAAUUAUUGUCAUUGAGAAUUGCAUACAAAUUUGGGAAUAAAAUAAAAUGUUCUAUUUUAAA